AAACGCCUUUGGUCACUGGUCGUGAGUGAGGGGGGCGUAAAGUAAUCCGCCAUUUUGUCCCCGAGACAAUUUAGAUUUAUAAUUGUUUUAAACCUGUGUGAAUAUAAUUAAUCCUUGUAUAAAAGUGAUAAUUCGGAGGCUGUGCAGUGUUUGUAGGAGCUGUGAUAUUUGUGUCUCCAGUUAUUUUUGUUUACUUUCAUCUUGACGUUUUAUAACUGACCGAUUUUGACGUCGUAUAGAGCUCUAGAUAAUCAAAAUGGGCACAAGAGAGGACGAAUACGAUUAUUUGUUCAAAGUGGUCCUAAUAGGAGACUCGGGCGUGGGCAAAUCCAGUCUUCUCUCUCGUUUCACUAGAAAUGAAUUUAAUUUAGAGUCCAAAUCAACAAUAGGCGUGGAAUUCGCAACAAGAAGUAUAGAGGUGGAUGGCAAAACCAUAAAGGCCCAGAUAUGGGAUACGGCCGGGCAGGAGCGGUACCGCGCGAUCACGUCCGCGUACUACCGCGGUGCGGUAGGCGCGCUGCUGGUGUACGACAUCGCCAAGCACCUGUCCUACGAGAAUGUGGAGAGAUGGCUCCGCGAGCUGCGCGAUCACGCCGACCAGAACAUCCUGAUCAUGCUCGUCGGCAACAAGAGCGAUCUCAGGCAUCUUAGAUCCAUCCCAACAGAAGAAGCAAAGGCAUUUGCGGAAAAGAAUGGACUUAGUUUUAUUGAAACUUCCGCUCUGGAUUCUACUAAUGUGGAACCGGCAUUCCAGAAUAUCUUAACUGAGAUCUACAGGAUCGUGUCGCAGAAGCAGAUGCGGGACCCGCCCGAGGGCGACGGCGCGGUGAUCCGCGCGGACGCCGAGCCCGCCGAGCACGCCGCCUCCGACAGCGUGCGCCGCCAGUGCUGCCAGUAGCGAGAAUGUCCAGUCAAUAUAGAAAAGCCGGGGAGAAAACAGUUGGAAAUACUGAACGCAACCAUUAUGAAUCAUUCCCAGACAGUGGUCUAACAGUCGCCCACUCGUUCAUCAUCACAACACUUCGGCACGGCUGUCUUCACGGCCUUAGCAGAGGAAAAUAGGAUUCUUCGUAAUAUCAGAAUAUUUCAUUGUUGACCAGCCUUACGUCUGAAAUUAACUUGUAUUUAUUACUUAUGUCGUUGUCAGACAAAAUGUACCAUUUUCUUGGUAGUAAAUCAGGCGCCGCUGGCAUUUUGAUGCAUAAAAUUGUCUCAAGGUGGCAGCGAUUUAUGGACAUGACAUCAAUUUCUGUAGAUAUUCUAAUUUAACUUUGACGUAAGAACAUCCAUCUUGCAAUACAUUAUAAGUACUGUAACUUUGUCGUAUCAAGUAAAACAGAGAAUUUUAUGAGAAGUGGCCUAUUUUUCUCCUUUCGUGAAGCCAUGUCACAAUGGAAGUAAUUCUAGUCGCAUAUUGGCCGGUUGAACAUCGGUAUGGUGCUCAAUGCACGACGUGCCUGUGUUCAAUACUCUGCUAAAAUGACUUGUAUUGUGGCCAUAGAGUAGAGCUUUCGUUUAGCGACAAAUGUGAAACAAACUUAAACAGCAAAGAGUGGCGCAUGUAGAUAGCUUGUAUAAUUGUCGAUUUAUCGGUAUCUAAGUAUCUAGUGUCCGAACUAAAAAGAUAAAUAAUUGUUACAGACUUUAUGAACUAGAGAGCUUCAGUUCGCACUGAAUGAUUUGGCGCUCUUAACAAGUGAUUUAAUAUUGGAUUUAAUGUUUAUUUAAGGGAGCAACGUUUUUCUUUCGACUUUAGUUUAUAGUUCAUGUUAUAUCUAUUUAUUUAGUUAAUUAAUGCAUAGUUAUCUCAACCAGAUUUAGUUGGCGUUAUGCCACUAGAUAUAUUGACAUUUCCCUUUAUAAUUAUAAACAGAGCAAUAAAUUCGGGAGAACGAAAUUUAUAAUUAAUGUUUUAAAAGAGUAACUGUUAAAUAGCACACAAAUAAAUAGCUUGAUAUUUAAAAUGUCUUAUUGUUUUCGUAUUACACUAGCGGUAGUGUCGAGUAAGUAACGAAUAGCUUUUUUAAAGGGACAUUUUUGUUUACGGAUAUUAUGUGCCUUGGACAUGGCUGGUCAUGUACAUUUUUAUUGAAGCUUUUAAUUAUUUUUGCCGUUAUUCUGGAAAAGACCGGGUGGCGGGUCAUCGCAGGCCGUACACGGAGACAGCAUUCAAUAUAUGACAUACAAGCUUGUUGUGAAAACCUGUUUAUUCGAUCUUAAAUUAAAACAACAAAUUAAUAAUCGUUAGUAAAAUCAUGUUCAUAUUAUGUAUAAAAUGCAAAAAAAUACAUAGUCAUCUGUACAAUACGUCAAUGGAGUCAACCAAAAAUGUCGACGCAUCAUCAAGUACAAGCGAGAGAAAUUAUAAAACUGACAGGUGAUUUUGGAUCUGUAGCCGUCAAGCAAAUGUGUCCGUGUAUGGCGGAGGGAUCACAGGGAGUUGCAAUAAGGAGCCGAGCGGAGAGCGGGCGCGCAAUACUCAGCCGGCGGCCCCCGCCAUAUGCAGGCCGCUGGUGCAUUUCAGUCGCCCGCUGACACUGCUCACUCUUUCCAGGCUUGUGCGUAAGUCUUUAAAGCACUAGCAAGUGCUUUGGAGACCUAAAAAUCUUCAUAAAGCAUAAUAAAAAACCUUAACAAUCUAAGCACAUACACGCAGUCUCCGUUCCAUCAUAGACGAAAAGAUCGCUUAACGUAAAAUUGUAAUAUAAACUUUCAAGGAGUGCUAAAUAAGGUUUACAUUUAAAAAUCAAUGAUUCGAUGGAGCGACUCGUCGAUACCCCACGGCUCCAAACGCCAUUCUGCCAUUGUGGCUUGGAUUAUUUUCGAUACUUGAAUAUGCGGUGUUCGUAUUAAGAAAUAUAUAAUUGUAUUAUGGUCUUUACAUAUGCAUGGUUAUUUUUUUAGUGCCUAUCUGUAAUUACUUUAUUAAAGACAAAGAUAAUAAAAUAUAAUGUAAA